AUGACUACAGUAAACAAGACUGACGACGAAUGGAGGGCUAUCCUCUCUCGCGAACAGUUCCGUGUGCUCCGUCAGAAGGGCACCGAACGCCCCGCAACGGGAGAGUACAACCACCACAAGGAAGAAGGCAUAUACGGCUGUGCUGCUUGCGGGACCCCGUUGUACAAGAGCGGGACCAAGUUCAACAGCGGCUGCGGCUGGCCAGCGUUCUACGAUGCCAUCCCGGGUGCCGUGACUCGUCAUGAAGAUAAAUCUUUUGGUAUGUCCCGUAUUGAGAUAACAUGCACUGCCUGCGGAGGCCACCUUGGGCAUGUAUUCAAGGGAGAAGGAUACAAUACUCCCACCGAUGAACGACACUGUGUCAACUCAAUAUCACUAAAUUUCUCCAAGUAGAAGGUUGUAUAACAAUAUAUCACGGCGGUUCCCAUGACGUUGAAAUUUGACAAAUAUCGACACAAGAGACGAAUAUUCUUAUUUAGUUUUGCUCAUCGGCACAGGCUAUAGAAUCCCUCCAGAUUGAAUGAUUGCGCUAAUGAUCCUCCCCUCCCCUCCAUUACUAAGCUUGAAGGUCUGUGUCGCACAUAUAAUACCAAAAAUAUGCGAUAGAAACCCACCGUACGGAACAUGGCGUUCCUGG